AUGCAAUGGCUGGCUAUGAAGGCGCCACGAGAGAGACAGAAUGCUACGCUCUACGGACGCACGCGUCGGCAUCCCAACCGCUCAAUGCGCUUUCAAUGAAAACUGCCAACCAACAAGCUUUCAAUGAGCGCCAUGAUCCUCACUCCAAUCUCCUCCACCUCGAGAACCGCGAUCAAUUUAGCUCAAUCCAAACAACCGAUAUUCUUCUUCACUCGCAAAUUUCCGAUAAUCAUGUCGUCGUCUCGAUCGGCGGCGGUGCAUCCGGUUCCGGGGCUGAGUUGGGAGGAGAUGGAGAGAGUGACGGCGGAACCGAUAUUUCAGAGCCGGUACAGCUCCUCGCCGAGCGGCGGUGACAUUAGAAGAGGCAAAGGAGUCGCCAUUGUUUGGUUCAGGAAUGAUCUGAGGGUUUUGGACAAUGAGGCUUUGUACAAGGCUUGGAUUUCCUCGGAGGCCGUGUUGCCGGUGUAUUGCGUAGAUCCCAGGCUCUUCUCCACUACUCAUUACUUUGGUUUCCCCAAAACUGGAGCCUUGAGGGCUCAGUUCAUUGUAGAGUCGUUGGCUGAUUUGAAAAGGAAUUUAAUGAAACGGGGCCUUAACCUAUUAAUUCAGCAUGGGGAACCUGAGGAGAUCCUACCUUCACUUGCAAAGACAUAUAAUGCACAUACAGUUUAUGCUCAAAAGGAAACAUGCAGUGAGGAGCUGAAUGUUGAAAGAGCAGUCUCCAAAAACUUGCGAGAUGCCAUACAACCGUCAUCAAAUUCUAAGAAUGCUACUAGGUUAGAACUGAACUGGGGUUGCACUAUGUACCACAUAGAUGACCUUCCAUUCAACGGCAAGGACUUACCAGAUGUAUAUACCCAAUUCCGUAAGUCUGUUGAAUCCAAAUCGGCAAUUCGAAAUUGCAUAAAAAUUCCUACAUCACUUGGUCCCUCUCCCAGUGUUGCAGAGUGGGGAUCUGUUCCUGAAGUUACCCAGCUUGGUCUUCAACCAGAAAAGGUUUCUAAAGGGAUGAAGUUUGUAGGUGGUGAAACUGCAGCUCUGAGUAGGGUGCACGAGUAUUUUUGGAAGAAGGAUUUGCUAAAAAUAUAUAAAGAAACAAGAAAUGGCAUGCUAGGACCUGAUUAUUCAACUAAAUUCUCUCCUUGGCUUGCUUCUGGGUGCCUGUCUCCUCGCCUAAUUCAUGCUGAAGUGAAGAGAUACGAGAAGGAAAGACUAUCAAAUGCUUCAACAUAUUGGGUUUUAUUUGAACUGGUAUGGAGGGAUUACUUCAGAUUUCUCUCAAUCAAAGUGGGAAAUUCACUUUUCCAUCCAGGUGGACCUCGAAAGUUAAACUCUAAUUGGAGCAAAGACCAGAAAUUGUUUGAUGCUUGGAGAAAUGGUCAGACCGGGUACCCUCUGAUAGAUGCCAAUAUGAAAGAACUUUUGACUACUGGAUUCAUGUCAAAUCGAGGGCGUCAGAUUGUUUGUUCUUUUCUCGUUCGAGAUAUGGGCAUUGACUGGCGGAUGGGAGCUGAGUGGUUUGAGACAUGCCUCUUGGAUUAUGAUCCAUGCUCCAAUUAUGGUAAUUGGACUUACGGGGCAGGUGUUGGCAAUGACCCAAGAGAGGAUCGUUAUUUUAGUAUUCCUAAGCAAGCACAAAACUAUGACCCAGAAGGGAAGUUUGUAGCUUACUGGUUGCCGGAGCUACGACCACUUCCAAAAGAGAAACGACAUUCCCCUGGGCUGUCAUACAUUAAGCCACUGGUCCCUCUCAAGCAUGGCUACACCACAAAGUCCAACCAUACACAGGACAAGAACAGAUGGAAGGGAAGGAAGUUUUGAAUGGGAUUGACAUCAUAUCAUGCAUGUGCAAUCUUUCAUCAGGUUUGUCAGAAAGUCAUAUGAUAUGAUAUGAAUAUUUGCUUUGUACUAUGUGAACAUUUAUUUAGUAAUGCACAGAGAUAUCAAGAAAGGUACUCCAAUUUGUUAAAUGGUUUCAUAUAGCACUAUUUUAAUUUUCAACCA